AUGGCCAAACUGCACACAUUCCUCUACAGCACUGGCUCAAACCUCAAAUCCUUCUCUCUCUUCUCCAAACUGCCGCCGAACCUCCAAACUAAGAUCUUCACCCUCGCCGCUCCGCCCCCACGAACCCACUUCCUAGAAAUCUACAACUACCAAAAACUCUCCCACAAAAGCCAGAACGUCCGAAUCCGAUAUAUUCCGCCCCUCCCCGCGCUUUUCCACACAACCCACGUCUCCCGAGUGGCAAUUAUGGCUUUCCACGGCGGCGAAAUAAUCUCGCUCCAUACACCCCCUCUCAACAAAACUUUCUUCUACUUUAACUUUGCCUACGAUAUCGUCUUCUUAUCCUCACGAUUCCUCGGCCCAGAACCUACUAGUAGUUUCGAGAAAUCCAUAGCCCCGAGCACGGAUUUCACCGAAACUUUCCGGCUGCGUGCGAUGGAGGGAUUGAUGCCUUUCCAGCACCUCAAGCGUUUGCGGCGGGUUGUGCUAACAUAUUCGGGUCACGAUGAAUAUAAGAUGUUCACGUAUCAUCUCCGGUGGUUUAAGAACCUCGAGGUGUUGUAUAUCGCGAUGGUGGACUGGUGGAGUGAGCGACAGGUAAAACGGGCGGUAAGGAAGGGCAAGAUUAAGGUGGGUGCUAUUAGAGAGGCAAUCCAGGGGAGGUUGGAGAAAUAUAAGGGGGAGGAGACGGAUGAUGACGAGGACGAGGAUCAUAGCGAGGAAGGGGUUGAGGAGAAGAAGGAGAUUAGAGUUGUGGAGGUAGAACUUAGGUUAGACGAGUAG